ACAGUAGUUGUGCUACGAGGAUGAGAACAACGAGCAGGAUGAGUAGCAUACAACAACAACAACAACAACUCGACAACGACAAACAACGUCGUGCGAGCGAUAUCGAUAAGCGGGUGAUUAACAAUUACUCGAUCAAACAAAACGCCGACAAUGCGUGAGAGCGAGACAACAACAUAAAGAAUGAGAUAGCAGCAAUGGACAGCCACUGUUGGCAAUACAUGUGUGAGUGAACGAGUGUGCAUGUGUGUAUGUUUAAUAAGUCCCGAGUGUUUUGAUUUAUAUGACUGGUGGAUCGGCUCGAUUGGACUGAGGGCCAAGCCAACGGGCUAUCGGGCCUACCUACCUACCGGGAGCAAGCUACCACCUUAUCGUGGGCCACCCCUCUCUAAGGCCCUCCCUCCUGGCGCUCCCAUUAUCAUUAUCUAUGUACAUGCGUAUCUACAUAGCGUCGCUUAUAUUAUUGUUAAUAUAGAUAUCUAUACCCAUUAGCACAACAUUAUAUGUAUAUGUACAAUCUAUUAUAUUCUGUGAAAUCUGAUUUAGUACAAUUUAUUGGGCCCAGCUAACGGCCAUUCCAAUUAGUUCAUCGCCUGCGCCCGUUCAAGACGCGUCGUCUCUCCUCGCAGCUCGGCGCUUUUAUUUUCGAACAGCCACAGAUCGAACAGCACUAGCACAAUAUGGAUAACAACACACUUAAGGCAAAUAGGUCCGCCUUCUCCAUAGACAACAUUCUGGAGCAUAAGACACAAACAACGGAAGUGAUCAAAAAACCGCAGGCACAAACGCCCACCCAGUCGAGUCCUUGCACAGCCUUUGCACCGCCAGCCGGAUCUCCAGUGCAGUCGAUAUACGAUCUAUCCACACAAUAUGCACUCAAGAAUCUGGAGUCCGGGUCUGGCACCUUAUUAUCGCCGUCAUCGGUGCGCCUCAAUCCCAUCUACUCAGAUCCCGCCUCGUUGUUCUAUCAGCAAAUGCUAAAUCUACAGAAGAAUUCUCCGCUCUUCAUCCCACACUUCCAAGCCGCGGCGUUAGCAGCAGCUGCUCAGCCAGCCGCCUACUGUGAUCAAUACAGUCCGUUUCUGGAUUGCGAAGGUUUCAGCAAUCCAGCGACUGCUGCCGCCGCUCUCUACUGCAAUGCGGCAUAUCCGGCCGCCAGCUUUUACAUGUCGAACUUUGGCGUGAAGCGGAAGGGCGGCCAAAUCCGCUUUACGUCACAGCAGACGAAAAAUCUCGAGAAUCGCUUCGCCAGCUCCAAGUACUUGUCGCCCGAGGAGCGCCGGCAUCUGGCGCUGCAGCUGAAGCUGACCGAUCGGCAGGUGAAGACCUGGUUUCAGAAUCGACGCGCCAAGUGGCGCCGGGCGAAUCAAACCAAGCGACAAUCGAAUCAUGCCACUGCCACGCCCACAGCGAAUACUAGCAACAGCAGCAGCAGCGCAGCCUAUGCACAGCCCGGAACGGGGCGAGGGACACACAGUGAAGACGAGGAUCGCAUGUACCUCUCAGCGGAUGAGGAGGACGACGAGGACGAUGAGGAGAGCAUUGAGGAGGAUGUGGCCCAACGCGUUACAACGUGACCAAAAAGUCAAUUUAAGAUUUCUAUUUUUAUAUGUAGUUUUAAUAAAUUUAUUAGAUUUUAACAUA